AUGUCGUGUCUCAUUGCGAUUCUGUUUUACACAGGAUUGAAUUCGGGCUUACACAAUCGUCUGGUACUUGUUCAUGACAAUUAUUCCGAGGCUUUCCGUAUGACGUACUUUUUAAACUUCGAUCAAAAAUUCCCCGAACUUGAAGAGAGAACACCGAUAUUUAAAACACCAACCACAUAUGGCGAAGCAGGUACCUAUUUUGCUGCGUAUUGUUCUUUGGAGGAAAGUGAGUCCUCAAUUUUUUUUGAUGUUUCUAGGCAAUUGAUAAAGGAGAUUGGAGACCUCCGUAUCCCAAACAAAAAUAAUAUCGAAAAAGAAAAUCUCUGCUUGAAACAGAUCGAAUCAGAAUUCAAAGCCAAGAAAGAUCUAUGGAUUGUGAAUAAAAAAGUUUCUGUCAAAAAUUCGGAACAGAACAUAUGUGAUGAGAGAGUUGUUGUCAGACUGGCUUUCAAACGGCAAAUAUCUUUGAUCCGUGGGUUCCAUUUUCGAAAUCCUUUGGUUGAUUGGAACAGACCUCUAGUCAGAAUUAAUAAUCCAAUCGAAAUAAAGGAUUACGUCGAAGGUGGACAAUUUAUCAGGGUUGGAAAAUAUGAUGGUAAAACUUAUGCACUAGCAUGGUUUCAAGAUGAUCUACACUUGUUUGUUUGGCUUCCAAUGAAAAGGUCUUGGAAAUGGAAUACCCUUGUGAGUAAUGUGGGGUACAAAGGGAGAUUUAUCAUCGAAUUUUUAAAAAAUACAAAUCAACAAAUAAAAAAUGUUAUGGAAAAAAUAGAUGAGGUAUUAAAAGAGUACAAAGAUGAACUUCGAGAUAUUGUCACGAGUUCGCAGUCCAACCCAAGACAACCUAGCCACUAUCGCAAUCAAAAAUUUCAGAGUUUAAUGCUAGAGAUAGAUAUGAGUCCUGCAGUACCUGCAGUUGGACGUCUCUACGAGUGGCUUUAA